GGGAACUUUUGAGAAGUGUUAAAAACUCCGUCGCUCAUCAGCGUUUCAAACAUAAAAGCAAACCACAUCUCUCUCUCUCUAUAUAUCUUCCGCCAUUGACAAGGAAUCUGGAAGAGAGACUUCAAAUACUCUCUUUUUCUCUCUCUCUGCAUCUUCUUUCAAUUUCUCCGCCUGCAAACCCUAGCACGCCGCCGGAAAGUCUCACCCUUCCCGGGCGGCGCCGUCGCUGCAGAAACAGAGCAGAAAGGAAGCUUCUUUUUUUUUUUAUCAAUGGCGGAUAAGGAAAUGCAAUUGCAAGAUGUGCCUUGUGAGGCUGAUGAUAUCCUCAAGGGUGAACCUUCUGAGCCAGGGAAGGAUCAAAACCCAAGUGAGCUCAUUCCUGACAACGAAGAUGGUGAUGGCCAGGCUAAUGGUCAUGGGAAGGCUGAUGAUGAUGAUGUCCUCAAGGGUGAACCUUCUGAGCCAGAGAAGGUUCAAAACCUUCCUCUCGAGGAUAACGAAGAUGUUGAUGGUCAGGCUAAUGGCCGUGAGAAGACUGCUGAUGUUCUUUACUCUCGGAAGAAGACUCAGGUGCGCUUUUUGAGUCCCGAUCCUAGAGAUGAUGAGAAUCCCAAAAAGCGCAAGACUUGGUUGCUCACUGACUCUGAGGCACAGGGAGAGGAUGAUGAUGAUGAUGAAGCAGGGACGCCAGAAGAACAGCAGGCGUUUCUAAGGGAAUUGGACACCUUUCACAGAGAGAAUUUCCUUGACUACAAGCCUCUUAAGUUUUACCAGAAGCCUUUGAACACUCUCAAGCUAUGGCGAGCGGUCAUUAAGCUAGGUGGCCAUGAAGUGGUCACCACAUCUAAGCUCUGGCGGCAAGUUGGAGAAUCCUUCAAUCCUCCAAAGACCUGCACAACAAUCUCCUACACAUUCCGCAAUUUCUAUGAGAAGGCACUUUUGGAGUACGAAAAGCAUUUAAGGAAAAAUGGUGACCUUAACCUUCCUGGUCCAACACUCAAUAUGUCUUCAAGCCUCGAUAAAGAGGUCAUGAGCCAUCAAGGUUCGGGAUCAGGCAGGGCACGGAGAGAUUCCGCAGCUCGUGCUAUGCAAGGUUGGCAGGCACAUCGCCUUGAUGAUUCUGGAGAGGAUAUGGGCUUAAACUCAACCCCAAAACACAAGAAACUCAAGAGCAUUGGUCUGCCGAAACCCAGAACACCAAAUUGCACGGACCUUGCUGUUUCACAAGAAGCAGAAAAACAGUCGGUUGGUGACGUUAUUGAUGAUGGACCUCUUGCUGACUGGGUGAAGAUAACUGUCAAAGAAACUAGAGAAUCCUUUGAGGUUUUUGCCUUGGUACCUGGACUUCUCCGCAAUGAGUUUUGUAGGUGGUACGAUUUUUCUGGUGAAAUCAUAACAGAGAUCAAAGUCCUGAACAGAAUUGUUUUAUUUUGUUCUCAGAUUCGAAUUCAGUCAGAUCCUGCAGGAAGGCUGAUUAUAACAGGCGAGCCUGAGCAGCUUGACAAUCCUUGGGGCAUUACACCAUUCAAAAAGAUUGUUGUCUUACCAGCAAGAAUCGAUCCGCUUCAUACAAAUGCGAUCAUGAGCAUGCAUGGUCGGUUGUUCGUACGAGCUCAAUAUGAGAAGUGAUUGAUCUCGAGUGUUGUUGAGCUUGCUGUUUGUUCUUAGUUUCUCUUAGGAAUUCAUUGGGUAUUGGAACAAAAUGGCUUAGGGGGGGCUGGAGCAGUUUUUAACUGUAAUUUUUAGUUUGAAGACUCAAAGUUAAGAGCAGACAAUAAAAUAUUGUAUCUUUGUUGUAAGAUAUUUCUUUUGUAGAAUUUGUUAUAAGUUGGAGAAGCUGCUUCAGUUCUUA